AGCUUUAUUAGAACAAUGAGGCUGAACCUGUGUGUAGCGUGCGCACUGAAGUGGUUUCAUUGGGCUGAAGUCAUGCCAUUCCAAGUUCAACCUCCUCCUCGGUUAGACAAUGUGAAGAAGCGCUCGUUAUGUUUCGCUGCUCUUCCCGGUAACAGCGAGUCCAGCUCAGGCUGAGAAGCAAAGCCUCCAAGCUGGGCUUUAAAUGUCUACAAUUCCUCUGCUGUUGAAUCAGAGUUGCUUGUAUACCACGUGUAACAACAGUGUAUGUAAAACGUUGCGUCAGUUUUCGUUGGGUCAUUGGAGGACGCUCAUUCAGACAGUCUGACGGUGGCUCAUUAAAAACAAACACACCCUCCCCUCUGUGCGUUCCUUUCGCACAAAUCUCGCGAUGAUUGCUGAGCGGUGGCGUUGUUCGGGCGAGUCGACGACGAGACCAUAGCUGUCUGGAAAUCUGUUUUUCAAGCCAGACAUAAACGAAUUCUUCAUUUGAGAUAUUUAUUUUUGUCCGACAUUUCAAUCGCACCAGGCUCUAACACACACUACAGUCAGUUUUCAGAAUUUGGCUGGAGAAUGGCUGCCGCUGAGGUGAACGGUAGUUCUGCUCCGUUAAAGGAGGAAGAAGAGCCCAUGGAUGUGACAGCCCAACACACAGAUGACUACCAGACACUUGUUGAUGCUGGGCUGACGCAGAAAGUGGCUGAAAGUCUUGACAACAUCUUCCAGACCGGCCUGGUGGCGUAUUCUGAUCUGGAUGAAAGGGCAAUUGAUGCAUUAAGGGAGUUCAACGAGGAGGGAGCACUCACUGUGCUGCAGCAAUUCAGAGAGAGCGAUCUGUCCCACGUACAGAACAAAAGUGCUUUCCUUUGUGGAGUCAUGAAGACCUAUAGACAGAGAGAAAAACAAGGCAGUAAAGUACAAGAAUCCACCAAGGGCCCAGAUGAGGCAAAAAUUAAGGCUCUAUUGGACCGAACAGGAUACACCUUAGAUGUCACAACAGGGCAGCGAAAAUAUGGCGGUCCCCCACCUGAGGAUAUUUUCAAAGGAGUGCAACCAGGGAUUGGAACUGAGGUGUUUGUUGGAAAAAUCCCCAGAGAUUUGUAUGAAGAUGAGCUUGUGCCUCUCUUUGAGUCUGCUGGAACAAUCUGGGACCUCAGGUUAAUGAUGGAUCCUUUCUCUGGUCAGAAUAGAGGUUAUGCCUUCAUUACAUACUGCAAUAAGGACGAUGCACAAAAGGCUGUGAAGCUUUGUGAUAACCAUGAAAUACGCCCUGGCAAGUAUUUGGGAGUGUGCAUAUCUGUUGCAAACAAUCGACUGUUUGUCGGAUCAAUUCCAAAGAACAAGACCAGAGAAAGUAUAUUGGAAGACUUUGGCAAACUUACAGAUGGUCUCCAGGAGGUGAUACUGUACCACCAGCCCGAUGACAAGAAGAAGAACCGUGGCUUCUGUUUCUUGGAGUAUGAGGACCACAAGUCUGCAGCACAGGCUCGCCGUCGCUUAAUGAGUGGCAAGAUCAAGGUUUGGGGGAAUCCAGUCACUGUGGAGUGGGCUGACCCUGUUGCUGAACCAGACCCAGAGGUCAUGGCUAAGGUGAAGGUGCUCUUUGUCAGGAAGCUGGCCACAGCUGUGACUGAAGAGCUCCUUGAAAAGACCUUCUCCCAGUUUGGAAAACUGGAGAGGGUAAAGAAACUUAAAGAUUAUGCCUUUGUUCAUUUUGAAGAAAGGGAUGCUGCUGUAAAGGCAAUGGAUGAAAUGAAUGGGAAGGAGCUCGGAGGAGAGGAAAUUGAAAUUGUUUUGGCAAAGCCCCCAGACAAGAAGCGAAAAGAGCGCCAAGCAGCUCGGCAGACCACCAGGAGUUCAGGGUAUGAUGACUACUACUACUACCCACCUCCACGCAUGCCACCACUAGGCCGAGGAAGGGGUCGUGGUGGCAGAGGGGGUUAUGCCUACCCACCAGAUUACUAUGGAUAUGAAGACUACUAUGAUGACUAUUAUGGCUACGACUAUCAUGACUACCGUGGUGGCUACGAAGACCCUUACUACGGCUAUGAAGAUGUGUACAGCAUGAGGGGCCGUGGUACCCGUCCCAGCAGGGGAGGGCCACCUCCACCUAGGGCUCGCGGAGCACCACCAGUACGAGGCCGGGGAGGGUACGCCCAAAGAGGGCCACCCCUUGGUGGUCCAAGAGGUGGCCGAGGUGGUCGUGGAGCCCCUUUCCAGCCGCCGAGAGGCCGCGGUCCUCGUGGCGCCAGAGGCAACCGCGGGGGAAAUGUCGGCGGGAAAAGGAAGGCAGAUGUGUUUAACCAGCCUGAUUCCAAGCGCCGCCAGACCAACAACCAACAGAAUUGGGGGUCCCAGCCCAUCGCCCAGCAGCCCCUGCAGCAAGGGGCCGACUAUUCCGGUGGAGAAGCAUUGAGGGCGGCACCACUAGAAUGAGGAACUCACCUGAACGGUACUCAAGGGCAGUAAAGGAGCUGCCCCCCCAUCCAUGUGAAUGAGUUCACACAAAUGGAAGGGACAGAUUGGUAAGAUUGUUCACUCUGAACUCAUUCUCAGAUAUUCUGGUCAUGUUUCUUUUUUGUUAUAUUUUAAAACUGUUCGGUGUCCUAGUUUUCUCUGUAUGGCCUAUUACAUCCCAGAGUAAGUUUUGCAAGUUGAUUUUUCAGAAUACUUCUAACGAUUGUGUCACAAAAUUGGUGUAUAUCCUUUUCAAAUAUAAUGUGUAAUUUGCUGACUCAAAGAAAGUGAGUAAGAUUCGUUCUGUGUGGCCCUUUUCUAGCUCUGAGUCUGAAGAUGACUCUCCUCAAGGUGCAUGUGAGACCUAUCACUGUGAAUCAUCCUUCAGACUGAUCUGAAGGUAUUCUUGAGGUCCAGCACCCGUGCUAACUCAAAGUGGCUUCCUGGGAGUCGGAGAGGAUACAGCUGAUGUGCACGGUCCAGAGCUCCGUCCAGCAGACUGCUGGUUCCUCAUCCAGCUAAAGAAUCAUUACUGUAAAGCAGGCGUGUCCAAAGUCCAGCCCGUGGGCCAAUCACAGCCCUCGGUAAGAUUUUGUACAGCCUGCAGCUUCGGAUUUAGAAUGUAUUAUUUAUGUCCAGGGACGGACUGGGAUAGAAAAUUGGCCCCAGUCACGUGUCAUCUCCAUUAGCGCAGCUGGUAAGGAGUUGUGCUUUAAAACUCAGCUGUGACAAAAGGAUACCUCCUAUUAUGUUAUCUGACUUCAUUUGUUCACUCCUGCAUGGCUUAGAUUUAGUUACAUUGUCAUUUAAAAAUGAUAAUGCUUUUGUAUGUAACUUUUUAUGGUUAAAAAAGGUCUGAAGGAUCCAUUGGCCCCCGGGAAUCUUCACACCAAAAAGUUUGGACACCCCUGCUGUAAAGGGACAUCUACUCACUUUCUUGAUUGUUCAAUAUAUUGUUUUCACCAAGUAAA